UUUGCAUGCAAUAGCGACCCGCGCAAAUCGGUUCUCUACAAUGGCGUCUUUAUAUUCAGCUGCGCACAAAUGAAAAUAACAAUUUCUUUUUAGCUCUCACCCAAACCAAAAGAAAAGCUCUCUUCCAUUCUCAAAAAAUCCAUUAACAAAGUUCUGCUUCUUUCUUUUCUCAGUUUUAAUUUCUUUUCAAGUUUUAAAAAACCGAAAAACAAAAAGAAAAACAAAAUGUUUUAUUCUAGAGAGCUCCUUGCUCGCAAAGCUUCUCUUGGCCAAAUAUGGUUGCUUGGGACUAAACAGGCAAAGCUCGAUCGGAGGAAAGCUAACAAGCUCGACGUAGCUCGACUCUGUGAAGAGAUUCUAAAUCCUCCGGUCCCAAUUGCUCUUCGACUCUCCAGCAUUCUCAUGGGUGGAGUUGUGAUUCUCUACGAGAAAAAAGUGACGUUUCUUCAUGAUGAUGCUAAUCGGCUUCUGGUACCUGGAAAGCACAGGAUAAUUUCCUUGAGAAAAUCCAUCACACUACCUGAAAAUGAAGAAACCUCCAUGGGCUACACUAAUGUUGGAGAACCUGAAGAAGAAACCUCCAUGAGGUUUCCACAGAACAAUUUUAAGAUGCAACUUGACCAGGUCGAUGACUACUAUAUUACCAAUGAUCCCAUGGAGGAUAAUCUCACCCAUGAACACCACCAAGCUGAUGAUAACGACAUCACCUUAUUCAAUUUAUUUCAGCCUAAUACAGAUACUCAUGGUCAAUUUGAAAGAUUUGAAGAAGGUGACGAGGGGACACAAGUAAACUUCACUUUAGAAGAGCAUAUACAGAUACCAACUGCUUCUUCCUUCUCCAGCCCGGCAAGAUGGGCCUCAAAGAGCAAACUAAGAAUGAGAAUGAUUGCAGCUGAAGAAACCCAAGAGCAGCAUCUGGAGCACCAAUUAGAUCAACAAUUUAAUAGAAACAAAGAAGACAGAGAACAAAAGAGGCAGGGGCCAUUAAAACGAAAGGCGAGAAAAGCCAAAGGAAUUAUCAUAGAUGAGGAGCAAACUAUUAUUCCUAGCCAUGUAUAUCACUCCUGGCUUCAUGACACUUCAGAUAUUGUAUCAAGAAGAGGAAGGAAGAAAAGGAGGCGCACAAAUAUCCUGUGGACUUUGAAGAUAGCUAAGCUCAUGGAGUUCCCAUCUACUGUACUAAUGGAUGAUAUGUUUGUGAAAGGAAAUCAAGAAAUCCCUUACCCAGCACCACUUUUGGACCUCUGGAAGAAAAGCACACAACCUCACCGUGAAUCACCCUCUGUGAGGACCUCACAACCACAACCCCCAGAUCCAUCUCCUCCGGAAAGAGUACAGUCUGAUUAUCCAAUGGAUUACCCUUUUGAAGAUCUUCACAGUGGAGUUGGUUCCCCAUCUCAUGCUACCAUAGAGUUACAGCGAACAACUGUGGUACAUAAGGUGACUCCAGUGGGAACCAAUCAGUUUGUCACCCCAGGAAACUCUGGUAUGAAAAAUCUUUCUCUACAUGUUUUAUGUCUCUCUUCUGUUUGGAGACAUUUUGAGGUUAUCAGAGAUGCACUAAGAUACAGCGGAAGCUCAGUAUCUGGAGAUGGAGUCCCCUUAAAUAACUUAGAAGUAAAUAUUGGAAGGGUUAGGUCCAAGAACAAUGUGCCAUCAACUUCGAGAAACAGUGGCAGCCUUGACACAGUGGUUGAAGUGUUUCAUGAAGCUGAUACCGAUUACAAGUUAUCAAGGUCACAAAAGAAAAACUUGGCACCUGAUCAAGAAUUCUUGGUGGAAACUCAACUUACGAGGGAAACUCCUGCGAAUGAUCCUCCAGACAAAAUGACUGAGAACAUCAGGAAGCAUAUGAAAACACAUUUUGAAACUCCAGGAGCCCCUCAAGUAGAAUCGCUAAACAACUUAGCAGCUGGACUCAGCAGAAAAGGAGCAGCUCAGCUCUUCUACCAGAUUUGUGUUCUUGCUUCUCAAGGUUUCUUAAGAGUGGAACAAGAGGACCCAUUCGGAGACAUUCUCAUCUCCAAAGGAGCAAAGAUGUGACACAAGGUUCGUAACGCUAG